CCGCAAUUGCAUCCGAUCCAUUUCCAUCUCUGAAGUGUGAACCCUGAAACAGCAGGCAAGCUCGUCGGGCCGCCGUCCCCAGCUCUCCUCGCCAGCCGCUCCCCCCUUUGCGUGCUAUCGGCGGCCGGCGGCAUGAACGGGAUGGCGCGGGGGCUGUCGUGGCUGGUCCGGCGGCGGGCGGAAGCCGUGCAGCUGCAGCAGCAGCAGGCGCGGGGGAUUCGGGUGCAGGUGCGGAACGACAACCUGGAGCAGGCGCUGACGGUGAUGGAGCGGAAGAUGCGGGCCAGCGGCAUGGAGCGCCUCAUCCGCCGCCAGGUCGACCACCACCUCAAGAACUCCGAGAAGCGCGUCCUCGCCCGCAAGAACCUCAUGCUCCGCGUCCGAUCCCAGGACCUCGCCCGCAAGCUCCGCACCAUCCUCCUCAAGAAGAUCAGGUCCCCACUCCCCUACAGAUAA